UUCAUUCUUCUCUUCACCACACUCCCCCUUUCAUUUUCUCAAUUUCUUCUCUCUCCCCUUUCACUUCAACCACCAUGUGCGGUGGAGCUAUCAUCUCCGAUUACGUCGAACCAAACCCCGUUGUCGUCGACAACCUCCUUUGGCCUGACCUCGACACCACCUUAUUCUCCGACCUCCUCGGUCUUGACCUCUCCGGGACCCAAAACUACCUCUUCAACAACACUACUCCAUCUGCCAAUGUUGUCCACAAUAUCCCCAAACAACUCUCUCAAGUGAAAAAAGAGAGAGUAGAAGGGAAUGAAGGAGCAACAAGUGAAAUGAAGAAGCCUCAGAAGGUUAGAAAAAGCAAAUACAGAGGGAUCAGGCAGCGCCCAUGGGGAAAAUGGGCCGCCGAGAUUCGAGACCCACAAAAGGGCCUACGUGUUUGGCUCGGCACCUACAACACUGCUGAAGAAGCAGCUCGAGCCUAUGACCAAGCCGCCAUCAGAAUCAGAGGCAAAAAGGCCAAACUCAACUUCCCUCACCCGCCCCCACCACCCUCCUUACCGUUACCCUUACCUCUACCACCCUCACUGCCACAACAACAACAACAACAACUCCCCACCACCUCUGCCACCCCCUUUGACGUCGAACUCAAACACCAAAUCUCAACCUUGGAAUCAUUCCUCGGUCUCGACCCCUCGCCACCGGUUGAACCCACAGCAGACCUUUGGUGGGUUGAUGACCUUCUCACAUAUCAACAACAAAACCUCCAACUCUAACUCCAAAUUACACCCCAAAAUAAAACAAUAAUACUUACCUCACCAUCUUUACAAGUAAAAAUCUCUUACAAGUAAGAUUUUUACUAAUCAUUUAGUAGUAGGUAAGUAUUGUUUAGUCGUUCUUUUUUUUUUUUUUCCCCUUAAAAUCCCAACUUCUGUUAAUAUAUAAGGAAGAGGUUUAGUUCUUCCUUUUUAUAGUUGGGUUUUGGGUCUAUAUUUUGGUUUAAUUAUAAUAUGGUAAGUGUGUUUAUCACCUUUGUGUGUUGUGUUGUGUUGUGGAUCAUAUAUACAAAAGUUUAUAUAAAUAAUGUUUAAGCA